AGGAGUGGCCUUCUGCAGAUAGUCGCCCCUCUCCACCGGAGUCAAGUCUUCUCUCAGAGGCAGGACACAGGAGGGAAAAUAAGGCAGAAGUUUAGAGACACAGAACAGGGAAGGAGAAAGAGCAGAAGAGAGGGAGCUGCCUUCAAACCACAUCUUCUUCCAGGACAGUCCAGACAGUCAUGGCAUCAGCAGCUUCACCAAAGAGGAUGGUGUCUUCUGUCUUCAUCACUCUGGCGUCUCCGUACCGAGCCACAGUGACCCAGCAGCAGCCCGCCCUCCAGGCUCACAGCGCCAGAGACAAGCAGCACACAGCUGUACGAGUCGGUCCAGGUGACAGCAAACCCGCCCUCAGACACAAGAGAGAGGAGCGCUCGCCAUCCGAGUCCUACAGCAGCGCAAAGAGCAAAGACCGGCCGCUCUCAGAGGCCUCGGCCAGAACUUCAGACCCCCAGAGCCCCGUAAGUGUCCGACCUGGACCCAGCAGAGCACAGCAGCAGGAAGAAGAAGCCCAUAGCAGUGCUCCAGAGUUCUUCCCUCCUCCUCCUCCUCCGGACACGCUGCCUUCGUCGCUCUCUGAAGAAUCGGCCCUUCCACCACCUCCUCCUCCUGCCCAGACGUCCUCCUCCCGCCCUCUGACUCCAGGCCAGCAGCCACUUUACAACACACAGGUGGAAACAAGCACACCAUCUAGUGGGUCGAACCAAGACGAACAAUCAAACGGGAUCCACAGCAGCAGCAGCAGCAGCCAGGACGCCAGCAGGGAGAGCAGAGACGUGUGUGGCUUCUGUCGGAAGCCCGUGGCUCUCUCUGAACCGGCGAUCGAGGCUUUAAACAGGACUUACCACGACGGCUGCUUCCAGUGCAGGUCCUGUCACAUUCCCCUGGCUGGUAAACAGUACUACAACAAGGCAGGCAUCCCGCUCUGUGAAGACUGUUACCAGGCCAGUUUGGAGCUUUGCUGGGCGUGUGGGGAGGUCAUCACAGAUCACGUGAUCCGUGCACUAGAGCGAGCGUACCACCUCUCUUGUUUCACCUGCGCAACAUGCAAACAGCAAAUUGGCGAGCAAGCCUUUGCUCAGGGAGAAGUGGGAGAAGUGUACUGCCUUCAAGACUAUUACAGGAAAUACGCUCCAAAGUGCAACGCGUGUAACCGGCUAAUCAUUCCAAAAGAAGACGGUACCGACAGCUACACGGUUGAGUGUCUGGGACGCUCCUACCAUGAGAACUGCUACAGGUGUGAGGUCUGCGUCAUCCAGCUCUCUCCUGAACCAAACGAGCACGGCUGCUACCCUUUAGACGGGAAGAUGCUGUGCAAAUCUUGUCACCUGAACCUGGUUUCCGGUCAGCACUAACGCCAGCUUCUUCUAGCAGCUGCGGCGGGAAAAGUGCCAGCUUCAAGGAGAUGGGAGCAUUUAAGACGAGCAUACGAAUGUCACAGCUUCUUCACUAGAGCAAUAAUUAUAUGGAUAUUUUUACAACAUAUCGUGCUUUCUGAAGAUCCUCCUGUUCUUGUUUUUAUACUUGAUCAUUUUGCACUCAAUCAAGUCUACAACAUUUUGCAAUUAUAUUUAUGCAACUGACUUAAAAACAUACAAUGACUAGAAUUUAUCUCGAACACUAUGCCGUUUCUCAAACACAUUAACCCUUCAUAUGAAAAAAAAAGUUUAGAUUAAAAAAACAAAACAUUUAUAGUAAAGUAAACUAAUAUAUUUUAUCUCGAGGCAGACUCCGUCAUACACAACAUUUGUUAAGUUGCACAAACGCCCUCAGUAAGUAUGAAGAUGUGAAAGACAAACCACUGAUCAGGUGAAGCAGAAACAAGCUUCUGCCUUGAUAACACUCAACUAUUCACACUGACUGAACGCUAUAAAAGUCUCAUUCAGAUCCCAGCGGAAUUAUUUUAUUUAUAGUCUCUAUCUCAAAAUGACUUUUUGUGGAAUUAUAUCUCUGUGUAUUAUAUAAUAAAAACAAACAAACAAACAUGUAUUAAAAUCAUUUCCUGGAAAAA